GAAGGAUGUUCCAGAGGACUGGUAUGAUUCCUUAGACAUGAGCAUUCUCAACAACUUUGAAGAGGGGGAAUAUGUUGGCUACAGCACUAACAACAAGUACGUCUACGCAAUUAUUGUUGAAGAACUUACUGGGCAUGCUCAACAAUGUUCACGUCGUUACAAAAUAGAAAUUGGAGAAGAUGAGCCGAUUGAAGUCAGUAGUCUGGACCUGUAUCAGUUUAAACGAGAAAAGAAGCUAAAACCAGAAGGGGGAACUUUCACAUCUGCUGAAGCAUCUUGCAUGGAGGUGGAGCUAUUAGCAGGACCUGUGCCACAUUCUUCCCAACCAUCUACAAGUUCCUUACCAGCAUCUGUUGAUGAAGCUAAAAGGGAAAUUGACAGAUGUUUGGCAGAGGUAUGGACUCUUCCAGUGGAGGAGAGGAACAAAGCCAUCAAGCGACUCUACCUUAGAUGGCAUCCUGACAGAAAUCCUGAUUGUGAAUUUCUUGCCACGGAGGCAUUCAAAUAUUUGCAGAAUAAAAUUGAUGAGCUCAAGGCCAAAACUUCAGGCACAUCCUAUUCAAGCGAAUACUCAGAUUUCAGAGACUUCUACCAGCAAUGGAAUCAGGAGGCCAGGCAUCACAGAACAGGUCGGGAGAGAUUCUUCAGAGGCAACCACUCUUACAACUUUUGGACCCAUAAUGCAAAUGUCCCGAGGCCCAACAGAGAGGAGGCCAAGCGCUGGUGUAGACAGGCUCGCUGUGAUCUCAAUGCAGCUUACAAAGACAAUGAUGGGGAGAGCACAGAGUGGUGUCUGUUUAAAGUCCAUCAAGCAGUAGAAAAGUCUCUUUUGCUGCAGAAUACAAGCGAAAUGGAAAACACCCUUCCAGCAGCUCAAUUUCUGCCGCUGCUGCACGAGUUUCCGGCUACAACCCCAAACUGAGAGA